UUCAGUUUGUGUGAGGUGGUCGGUCGGAAGGCUGAGUGAUUGAAAACAUUGUGGACACAAAGUCAGGGAUUGACUCAAUUCUGUUACGAAAUGUCGCCAGUUUUGUGGAACAAGUGAAGACAAACGCCAGAUAUAUGAUUCCGUAUAUCAACUACUACUACUACUACUGCUACUACUACUACUGCAACUACUACUACAACACAUAAUACGAGGAAAUAUUUGGCUUAGCGGGAAAAAAAGAAUCCAGUUUCAAGCCCCCACCCCACCGAUUUCGUCGGAGAAAUGAGUCUCAGCGUGACAGGAUAUAACCAAGGCUACCAUCAUCCGGGACCCAUGGUACACGAUUUUUACCAAUAUCCACCGGAACCAACACCACACCAUUAUUUCCCAAACUGGAUGCUUAACGGAAACGACACGCCCGUAGCCACCGCACAAAUAGGCAACGAUUCUUCCUACCUAGCUACAACUGGUUCCUUGUCUUCCGAUUAUCAAACCUACACAUACGAACACAUACAAACACACUCAGGACCGCUUCGCGUCAUUAAAAGACGAGUCACGGCCAAUAAAAAAGAAAGACGACGGACUCAGAGCAUAAACAUGGCUUUUGCUCAACUUCGUGGUUGUAUACCAAAUGUUCCGUCAGACACAAAAUUAUCGAAAAUAAAAACUCUUCGUCUAGCCACGAGUUAUAUCGCCUAUCUAAUGGACGUCUUAUCAAAGGAUGAUCCUUCUUUCGUGGACACUGCUGGAUUUAAAGCGGAACUUAGCAAGAAACUGGAGAACAGAGACGACAAGAAACGGAAAGAGACGGAGACAGAAUUUAUGGAGAAUAAGAAGGGAAAAGGACGAACAGGUUGGCCACAACAUGUGUGGGCGUCGGAGCUAAAUACAAAUUGACGGAUACCAAUAUGUGCACACCACCACAGUAUACAUACAUACAUACAUACAUACAUACGUAUACAUAUAUAUAUGUAUAU